UAUAAGCUAGGGUCCUUUCACAGGACGUGUCAGUAACUCGCUCUCUUCGCUACCCAACGACCGACCGCGCCAGCCCCAACACCGCCAUGUCUCGAACUGUUUUCGCCCUCCUCGCGCUCCUUGUGGCCACCGCCGGCGCACGGAUGGCAUACCAGCUCCCAGACGGCGCUGAUUCGAUCCUGAAAGCCAGAACCUUCACGCAGAACUUCGACUGUGCCGACAGAAGAUAUGGUUACUACGCCGAUACGGACAACGACUGUCAGAUUUUCCACGUCUGCCUGCCUAUCGAAGACGACGCUGGCCAGAUCGUCGAGACGGCGCAUUUUUCCUUCAUCUGCGGCAACCAAACAAUCUUCGACCAGUCCACGCUGACGUGCAACGAUGAAGAAAACGCACUGCCUUGUGACGAGGCUAAGAACUUCUACGAUGUUAUUAACGCCGAGUUUGGGGUGCUCCCUGAACAGUAAACGCUAUUGAUGAUUAUAUUACUUUGUUGAACGUUUUUUUUAUCGUCGAUUUGUAGAAUAAUCGAAUAUGUUAUAGCGGAGAUUUACAUUUAGGUUAAUGAAAGGAAAAUGAUUGAGCAAUAAGUAGACUGAUAUUGAAGAAGCCUUGUAUUUUUGUAAUAAAGCUGCCAUAUUAAAAUGUGCUUCUUCUUUAAGAUGUUUUUAAGUUACAACUAUAUGGCCAUUAGUCCAUUAGAGUGUAUCAUUGCUCGAAAUUUAGCCAUGAUUUUAUAAUUUUAUCUCAGCUCUUCACUGAAAAUGAGUUGUAUUUCAAAUUAUUACAUACCAGUAAAUUUUGAUAACUUUUCAAAUUUUUUUUUGUAAGUAGAUUUGAAUGUGAAUUGAUCAGACUCUUUUGUUGUAUUUUUCUAUGACAUAAAAAAUGUUUUUUUUUUAUAUAAAUGGGUUUAGCUUUCAUACAAAUUUUGAGACUAGAGCAAUAAUGAAAGUGUUUUUUAUUUGCCGUAUUCCACUUUAUGUUCAAUUCAUGCUAUUGGAACUUCAUAUGAAUAAAUGCGUAAUUUAAAAGUUAAAAUAUUCCACAUUCUAAUUUGGAAGUUCGCUAUAGUUAUGAUUGAUACGAGUGCCAUUUCUCAUUCUUUAGUUUGACUGAAGCGUCUUGAUGGUAAAUAAAUGGAAAGCGAUAUGUCCAAUAAUUAUAAAAUUGAAUGUUCAAUGCACAUUUUUGGCCGAUAUUAUAUCGAUUCAAGUUUUCCCUAAUUAUAAUAACGAUUUGAGUUUUUAUUUUGUGAAAACCUAUCAAGUUCAGUGUACAUAAAAAAGAUAUAUUUAUUUAUUUAUUGAUGUAAGCGCACGAAACUUUUCAUGAAUAAAGUCAAGUUUGAAAUCUGA